UAAAAAUAGAAGAAAAUUUUACCUCUUACACAGGAUUCGGUUGGUGGCAAGCAGGUGAAGUCGGUGGUUUGAGGAGGGAGGAAGAGGGCUCAAUGGGUGAAACGGGUAGAGGAGAUUUGUGGCUAGGGCAGGAAGGGAGGUCGGCGGCUCUAUAGGUUCGAAUGGCUCGGAGUGGGGGGAGGUCGGCUAGUUGUAGUGCGGCUAGGUCGACGGGGUAUGGAGCAGGGCUCGGUACAGGAAGAGGAAAUCGGAGGAGAUCGGGCCGGCUGCGUCUUGCGGCUAGGGCAGAGAGGAGAUCAAAACGGGCAAAGCUUGGUCGAGUGGAAGAUUAGGGUUUAGCGGCUUGGAGGAGGGAAUCGGAAGCAGUAGAGGGUUCGGCUGGAGGAAGAUCGAGAGCUGCUCUGACAGGGAGGCCGUUUGGCUGCGAGGGAUUGAGAGAGGAGAAGGGCGAGCUCUCGUGCGUGGAAGAAGCAUAACGCGAGUGUCUCGUCUUCCUUUUAUUAAAACGAAUGGGAGAAGAAUCAAGGCAAGACGGGGACACGAGUUCGGCGCCGUUUGCAGGGAAGGUACUGUAGCAGGCGGCUGUAUACGCAGGAUCCGCGCAGAGAUUUCGGCAGGGUUUGCAGGAUUACGAUUGCUGUUCUUGAAGCUCUGGCAGGAAGAAAAUGUCUCGGCGUGGAGACGGCCGCGGUGGCUUCUAUGGAGAGAGAUAUCAACAUCCACCUGCUUCCGGCGAGCGCGGAGGGAGAAACAUAGGUCGCAGCGGCAACAGAGGCCGCGUCGUCGGUGAAACUCGCAGCCGCGGUCAACGAUUCGGAAUGGGCGGUGCAAUGCCGCCCCAGCAGGAGAGACCGACCCCGUCGUCGUCGUCCUCUGCCUCGGGCUUGUCUUCUCUCAGUAAGGCUUUCGAGGAGAGCGUUCAGAUCCACAAUGGGAUAUCGGAGAAUGGAACGGCUGAGUUUCCUGCACCCACCGCGGCUUCGUCUGUGGAUUCUGCUAUUUCGUCAGCUGAGACGGCUACAGAGGCCGUGGUUCCACUCGGUUCCAGUACAAGUGUUGUGCAUCCACUUCGUCCAGGUUUUGGAUCCGUGGGAAGGAAAAUAAUGAUUCGUGUGAAUCAUUUUCUUGUGGACGUUGAAGAUAAAAAUAUUUUUCAAUAUUCAGUUAAAAUAGAACCGGAAGUAAAAUCAAGGGCUUUUGGAAGAAUGGUAAUGAAGAAAUUGAUUGAUGAUUUUGGUGAAUUGCAUCUUGGUCAGCUUAAGCUGGUUUAUGAUGGAAGAAAUAUUUUUUACACUGCGGGGCAGCUGCCAUUCACUUCAAAGGAUUUUGAGUUGACUGUGAUAGAAAGGAGAAGUCGUAAGAAAACGUACACAGUUUCCAUUGAAUUCACUAAAGGUUUUGAUUUGCACCCUCUAAAGCAGUUUCUGAAGGGGAGGCAGAGGGACUGCCCUCAUGAAACCAUACAAGCACUUGAUGUGGUUUUGAGGGAGUUUCCUUCAGAAAACUAUGUCUCUGUCUCGAGAUCAUUUUUCUCUCCAAAAUUUGGCAAUAAGGAGGCAAUUGGUGGCGGUUUGGAAUGCUGGCGAGGUUAUUAUCAGAGCCUUCGACCAACACAGAUAGGACUAUCUUUGAACCUCGAUAUUUCGGCAACAUCUUUUUUUAAACCUGUGAAACUAAUGGAUUUUGUAUCAGAAUCUCUUGAGCUCAAGCCGCUUCCUAAGGUUUUUUCAGAGCAUCUUCGUAUACAGGCGAAUAAGAUCUUAAAAGGAGUUCGUGUGGAAACAACGCAUAAUUCAAAGCCAUCUAGAUGUUAUAAAAUCACUGGGCUAACAUCUCAGCCAGCAAACAAAUUGCUGUUUUCGGUCGAUGGUCAAGCAGAUACAAUAUCUGUUGCUCAAUACUUCAAAGAUAGAUACAAGUACAAUCUCCUAUAUGCUUCAUAUCCAUGUGUGCAAGCAGGAAACAGCAAGAAGCCAGUGUAUCUACCGAUGGAGUUAUGCAAAAUUGUGGAAGGUCAAAGGUACUCUAAAAAGCUCAAUGAACAACAAGUGGCAAAUAUGCUGAGGGCAACUUGUAAGCGCCCAGCAGUCAGGGAGGAUGGCAUAAUGAAGAUAUGGAGUCAAAAUAGUUACACUGAUGAUAUGCAUGCCAAGGAGUUUGGUAUCACAGUUGAUCGACAUCUUCAGUUCGUGGAAGCACGCAUUCUUCCUCCCCCUAAGCUCAAAUAUCAUAAUAAUGGUCGGGAAAGGACAUGCAAUCCAAGUCUUGGAAAGUGGAAUAUGAUCGGAAAGAGGAUGGUUAAUGGUGGUACUGUUGAUUCAUGGGCUUGCAUAUGUUUUGCUGGGCGAGUUUCUGAAGAUGCGAUUUAUUAUUUCUGUAACGAGUUGGUUGGCAUGUGUAACAACAUUGGAAUGAUUUUUAAUUGCAACCCGGCAGUUGACAUUUCUUUUUGGCCACCGUCACAAGUUGAAAAUGGCUUAAGAGACUUGUACCACUUGUCUAUUGAAAAAUUGAACCAUGAAGGAAAACACCUUCAAAUGUUGAUUGUUGUUUUGCCAGAGGCCAGUGAUUCAUAUGGGAGGAUAAAAACAAUCUGUGAAACAGAGCUUGGUCUUGUGACCCAAUGUUGCAAACCAACAAAAGUACUCAAGUGCGAUAAGCAGUAUCUUGAAAAUAUUGCUUUGAAAAUUAAUGUAAAGGUUGGUGGAAGAAACACUGUACUUGAGGAUGCAUUCAAUAAGACACUUCCUUUUAUUUCUGAUGCACCAACUAUUAUUUUUGGGGCUGAUGUAACCCAUCCAUCCCCAGGGGAGGACUCCCAGUCCUCCAUUGCCGCGGUUGUGGCAUCCAUGGAUUGGCCUUUGAUGACAACUUACAGGUGUCUAAUAUCAUCUCAGCAACAUCGACAGGAAAUGAUACAGGAUCUCUUUGCAAGCAAUGCUGAUCCUAAAAAGGGUAAUGUUGCAGGAGGGAUGGUAAGGGAGCUACUGCAAGAAUUUUACAAAGUGACAAACAGGAAACCCAAUCGUAUAAUAUUUUACAGGGAUGGGGUUAGUGAGGGCCAGUACGCUCAAGUCUUGCUGUAUGAAGUUGAUGCCAUUAGAAAGGCUUGUACCUCUCUAGAUGAGGAUUACCUUCCCCCUGUCACAUUUGUAGUGGUGCAGAAGCGCCAUCACACGCGAUUGUUCCCUGCUGACCAUCACCAGAAAGAUUUGAUUGAUAGAAGUGGAAAUAUAUUACCAGGAACUGUGGUGGAUAGAGCCAUUUGUCAUCCAACAGAAUUUGAUUUCUAUUUGUGCAGCCAUAGCGGCAUUCAGGGCACAAGUAGGCCAACUCACUAUCAUGUCCUAUUUGACGAAAACAAAUUUUCUGCUGAUGCAUUGCAGUCUUUGACCUAUAACCUUUGCUAUACAUAUGCUCGCUGCACUCGCUCUGUGUCUGUUGUUCCUCCAGCAUACUAUGCGCAUCUUGCGGCGUUUCGCGCACGAUACUACGUCGAAGGGAAGCCGGAAUAUAGAUCUAAUCGCACAAACACGAGGGAGAAAACAUCUGAGAUACAGCCACUUCCAAAGAUCAAAGACACCAUCAAACAUGUAAUGUUCUACUGUUGAUGAGCUUCAGCUCAAGGUAUAGUUUUGAUAGCUUGGAAUUUGUUCCUUCACUUCUGUUUAGAAUUGUUCUUGCUAUCUUGCUUCAGGUAUUGACAUUGUUGCUGUUUCUACGAUUUGAGUCAGUUUUUUUACCA